CCCACUGAUGGACUGGAGGGAGAUGUGCUGCUUAUUGCCGGCUCAAGUCGCUCACCGGUCCUGAGGUGGAAAAUCUGUUACUGUUGGAAGGGUGGAAAAUGUACUGCAGGAGUGUGUGCUGCAACCGCUGGUCAUCUGAGGAGAGGUUAGAUGGGAAAACAGUCAUCAUCACUGGAGCCAACACUGGGAUUGGCAAAGAGACGGCCAGAGACCUGGCCAGAAGAGGUGCACGCAUCGUCAUGGCGUGCAGAGACUUGGAGAGGGCAGAGGAGGCUCGGACAGACAUUCUGGAAGACACAGGAAAUGAGAAUCUGAUCAUCAGGAAGCUGGAUCUGUCUGAUACCAAGUCCAUCAGAGCGUUCGCUGAGCUCAUCAACAAAGAGGAAAAACAAGUGAAUAUCCUGAUAAACAACGCAGGCAUUAUGAUGUGUCCCUACUCUAAGACCGCUGAUGGGUUUGAAAUGCAGUUAGGGGUCAAUCACUUGGGUCACUUCUUGUUGACUUACCUGCUGCUGGACCUGAUGAAGCGUUCGGCUCCGGCCCGUAUCGUUGUCGUGGCAUCGGUGGCUCACACCUGGACUGGGCUUCGACUGGAUGACAUCAACAGCGAGAGGAGUUAUGACACCAUGAAGGCUUACGGACAGAGCAAACUGGCUAAUGUGCUUUUUGCGCGCUCAUUAGCCAAACGGUUACAGGGUACCGGGGUGAGCGUGUUCUCUUUGCACCCGGGGGUGGUGCAAUCUGACCUGUGGCGACACCAGCACCAGUGUAUCCAGGUGGCGGUGAAGAUCUUUAGAAUUUUCACCAAGACAACGGUGGAGGGGGCACAGACCACCAUCUACUGCGCCGUGGAGCCGGGCCUGGAGAGCCUGAGCGGAGGGUACUUCAGCGACUGCGCCCCUGCAAGGUGCUCCAGGGCUGCUUCUGAUGAUGAAUCGGCCCAGAAGCUGUGGGAGAUCAGUUGCAACAUACUCGGCAUCACCUGGCAGUGAAUAGCGGCAAAUGAACCACGCAGAGAAAGACAUUGUAUUCUAACGUGCAAGUACCAUCUUUUAAACAGCACUGUUACGCACUUUUAUAGAUCCAUUAAUGUUGCUGUUUUUAAAAGAAAAAGAUGCGUAGUGGAGUCCGAUAGUAUCUAGAUCGCAGCAAAGAGCUUCUUUAUUUUAUAAAUUAUCCAAAACGAAUCACGUGUUUUAGUCAAAUAGUAUUAUCAAAAACUUUGUGAUGUUGAUCCUGAAGUGCUUGUUAGGUUUCUCUUAAAUUGUUUUAACACUUUUUGUAGAAUUUGAACACGUUGAAGACAUUUUUUUUUUUAACUGUUCUGCCUUUUUACUGUACUUUUACGAACAAAUGAGGACACUUUUUGUUCAGUCGGGUUAAGAGUGCAGGUGCUGCUCUAUCUUGCAAAGACAUUCAUCAGCAUGGUUUUUACCUUGGAUGUAAAAGAUCCAAAAUUCCUCUCAUGUAUGUCUCUUAAAAGUGUGGCAGUAGGAUAGUUUUUGGCUCCAAACUACCUCCAAAAGUCCCUUUUCAAAGUAACAUUCGAAUGACAUACAUGAUCAGGGCACGCAUUUUUGAAGUUGAAAAUUUAAACGCUUAGAUAACAGUUCAUUUGAAGUGGUUCCUGUUAAAGCCAUUUCCACGAACGAGGACUUCCCAGUAAGCGUGGGUCAUGAGCUGAAAAAAAAUCAAAGUGUAUACUUAUUGAUCAAUAAGAUUUGUGGAAAUGUUUUUCAUUAAGCUGUUUCAUAGAAUUGCUUUGUGUUUUAAUCAAAGAAGGAAAUGUGUAACAUCUCAAUGGUGUCAUUGUGUUGAGUUAAUAAAAACUCCACCACAAUAUGAAUGCAUGUGGUUCUAAUCAUGUUGUGUCAGCAUGUUGAGGCUUCACAUACCAUGUGAGAUUGUAAAUAUGUUAUGUAACAAUAUGACAUUAAACAAAAAUUAAACUCAUUAAACUGUC